GCGGGUAAAAGGAGACCGCUUCUUGGACGCUGCCCACCUAAUUCCCCGACGCUGUAUUGGUCAUCCUUGUCGUUUUUCAUUGACCACAGCACCAGCCCAGAGCUCCUCCUGCAAUGGCAGAAAAUGACCUUUAGAAAAAAACCCUUUCGACCUCCGUCAGCUCCGCCACCAUCCCCAAUCCCACCUGAACCAUCAACCCCUGCUCCUCUCCCUACUCUGAGUACUCUCUCUCUUUCCCACGCCUCUCAUCCCCAACUCUUCCGACUGCUCAAAACCCACCUAAAGCCCACGUUCACGCCUCAAGCCCUCCUAGCCUUCCUCAAGAACAAGCUCCAUCACCACCCCAACUUCUCCCACUUUGACCUGCACAUCUUCCGAUGGGCUUCUCGCGUCGACUCCUUCCGCCACGACCAUUUCACCUUCGACUGGAUGGUCCGCACCCUCGCCGUCUCCGAUCGGUUCGACGGCCUCCGUUCCGUCCUCGAAGGUAUGGUCUCGAAUCCCUGUCCGUGCUCCGACGGGAUUUUCUCCUGUCCACAGACCGAACCCAUUUUUAGAUUCGCCAUUAACUCGUAUUGUAGGGUUGGGAGAUUGGACGAUGCGUUGUUUGCUUUUGAGAAUAUGCGCAAAUCGAUUGAUGGGAAACCUAGUGUGGCCGUGUAUAAUAUUUUGAUUCAUGGGUUUGUGAAAUUCAGGGAACAUGCGAAAGCUUUGGAGUUGUAUAAUAAGAUGCUCAAGGAAAGAGUUAAACCGGAUGUGUUUACGUUUAAUAUUUUGAUUAGUAGUUAUUGUAGGAAUUUGCAGUUUGACUUGGCUCUAGAAGUGUUUAAAUUGAUGAGGGACAGGGGUUGCAGUCCGAAUGUGGUUAGUUUCAACACUUUGAUCAAGGGGUUCUUUAGGGAGAGGAAGUUGGAGGAGGGAAUUGGGAUGGCAUACGAGAUGAUUGAGCUGGGGUGCGAGUUUUCAAGUGUUACUUGGGAAAUUUUGAUUGGGGGCCUUUGUGUAGAAGGAAAGGUUUUGGAAGCUUGUGAUCUCUUGAUUGACUUGGCGAGGAAAGGAGCGUCGCCAAGUAGGUUCGACUAUUUUAAUCUCAUUGAGGGGCUUUGUGUGGAAGGAAAUGUUGAUAGAGCACUGGAGGUGGUGGAUGAGUUGUGGAAUAUGGGAAAUGCUCCAAGCUUGAUUGCAUGCACUACUCUAAUAGAGGGUCUGAGGAGAUUCUACAAGACAGAAGAAGCAUUUAGAUUUACUGAAAGAAUGCUCAAAGAGAGUAUUGUCCCAGAUAGUGUGACUUUUAAUUGUCUUCUUCAAGCUCUCUGCAAUGUGGGAAAAACUGCAGAAGCUGAUAGGCUGAAGCAUUUGGCUUCUAGUAAGGGUCUGGAGUUGGAUGGCAUGACCUUUAAUAUUUUGGUUUCUGGCUAUACAAGAGAAGGUAAAAGAAAGGAGGGGGAGCGUGUUAUUGAUGAGAUGUUGGACGGGGGAUUUAUACCUGAUAUUGCUACAUAUAAUAGAUUGAUGGAGGGGCUUUCCAAUCAAAGAAGCUCUCUUCGCCGGUAAGAAAUUAUUAGAUAUGAAUAGAAUGGGAACAUUUUCUGGUUCUUGUAGAACGACAAUACUAUAAUUGAUUUUGGACCAAUGGCUGUAUCUUAAUUUGAGGAGCUAGAUAUUCUUUGGAAACUUCAGUGGAGGGCUAAUGGCUUGAUCUUGAGUGAAAAAAUUGCCGCCUCACUCAAACAAAGGUUUACCAGUCGUUUGGGGAUGCGGGAAUGAUCUUUGUGGAAAGUUGGCUUGAUUACAUCAAAAAAAGGUUUUGAUUUGAUGAGAACUGUGUCACUGAUUGAAAUUUGAAUUGGGAUAAGCACCAGGUCUUCAGGUUGUUGAAGAAAACUAGAGCUUCAGAGUUUUCUCCCUUAAAUAUCAUUUGAGGCAUUAAUUUGUAGGGCUUUGCUGCUUCUCAAAAAAAUUCUCCAGAAGUCUUCAAGGCACCUCUAUUUAUAGAGGAAUGGAGAGCGGAGUCCUGCUUUGGUUUGACUUCAUCAGAUGACAUGUGGCCAACUCUUCUUGAAGAGUGGAAAAGGGAUGGCAAUGGUGAGGAUGUUGUGCCUGCCCCUGAGCAGACUAUGGGAACACGGAGCUGUUAUAGAUGCCAGCAAUGACAGCUUCAUGUCUGCUCAAAUCGCUACUAUGGCAUCAGGCCUAUAUUGUGACAGAUGAAUGGUCGUGUCAUUGAUUGCGAUGUGCCUGAGAAGGCAUAUUGUCAACAGGAAAUGAGAGAUGAGCCACAUGAAUUACUGAGAAAUGCUUUCUUUGUUCUUGUUCAUUUUCUUUUCUAAACAUGCCUUUUGAGUUCAAUCUGCUUUUUAUCCCAAAUAUGAUAUUCGUGUAGGUUGGAGGCAUCUAUGUAAGACUAUUCUUGAAAGACACCAAGUUUUCCGUUGGGAAUCCAAAGAGAUUCUUACAAGGACUAAUGUACCAGUAUCUUUCAUCCAUUAUUGCAACACACUAUGGUGUGCAAUCCAAUGACACUGAGCUUCCUUUGCCUCUGCCUGCUGCAUUGGUGUCAUUAUGCAAGUUCAUCCUGCCCUUGCUGAUCAUGCUGGAUAUAUUGGAUACUUGCCCCGACUUGUAGCUGCAGUUGCUUUUGCCGUAAGACGAGAAACAAUGGCCUCAGAGGACGUGAAAACCAGCAAUUAUGCGGAUGGACAUGUGAAACUGGGUACGGAUCAGCACAGCAGUAUACCAACACAACAGAAAUGUGUUCAGCUCAGUUGUUUGUGUCCAUCAGCUUGCGUCUAGCAUCACAUGUGCUGAGGCUACUGCAGCAACUAGUGUAGGAACACCUCAAGUAUGUUUGCAGUUAUUUGUUCUUUCAUGGAUUCUUGAGCAGACAAUUUUGCCUCAGCAUUGAUGGAAGCUUUUGGUUACUGUACCCUCAGAAUUUUAAUUUUCUUAAAACCUUCUAAAUUGUGAUUUAGCAUCCUGGGAGGCCGUUAAAUUUGCAUUCAAGUGUUGCUUCCUUGUGACCUCAGGUGGUUGUGUAUUAGUGUCUGGAUGCUUCUAUUUUACAAUGACCUACAAAUUUCUGGUUGGCUGUUUCUUUAA